AUGUACGAGUUAGUGCGGGUUGGGUGGCUGCGACUGGUUGGAGAGAUAAUUCGUUUAGAAGGAGACAGCGCCUACAUUCAGGUCUACGAGGAGACAGCUGGUUUGUCUGUGGGAGACCCUGUGCUGAAGACAGGUCAUCCCCUUUGCGUUCGACUGGGCCCCGGGUUAUUAGACGGCAUCUUCGACGGUAUUCAGCGGCCUUUAGAAAGAGUUGCUGCUGCUUCUUCUUCAGUGUUUAUACCCAAAGGCUGCGAUGCGUCUCCUUUAGAUGUUAAUAAGAAGUGGAUGUACACCCCAGCAGAUAAUAUCAAAGUAGGAGAUAUCAUCACAGGAGGAGACGUGUUAGGCGCUGUCUUUGAGAAUAAUUUGUUUAAAAAUCACAAAAUUUUGGUGCCGCCCAAACAAAAGGGGCGGAUAACGUACAUCGCUCCUCCCGGAGAGUACAACAUAACGGAGACGAUAGCGGAGGUGGAGUUUCAAGGAGAGACAUUUGAAUUGUCUCUGUCUCACGACUGGGCUGUGCGAGAGCCUCGUCCUUGUCUAGAGAAACUGCCCGGCAAUACGCCUCUUCUCACAGGGAGGGACGUGUGCAAUUCCCGGGGCAUUCGGAUGUGGGAAGACCUGCAUUUCGCAAGCGUUACUCUAGCUGAAUACUUCAGAGAUAUGGGGUAUAAUGUCGCUAUGAUGGCUGACUCAACUUCAAGAUGGGCUGAGGCACUCAGAGAAAUAUCCGGAAGAUUAGCAGAGAUGCCUGCAGACUCUGGAUACCCUGCUUAUUUAGGGGCUAGACUAGCGAGUUUCUAUGAACGUGCUAGCCGGGUGAAGUGUUUGGGGUCUCCUGAUCGCGAAGGCUCUGUUACGAUUGUAGGCGCGGUGUCUCCGCCUGGAGGGGACUUUUCAGACCCUGUUACGACUUCUACUAUGUCUAUCGUUCAGGUCUUCUGGGGUUUAGACAAAAAGCUCGCGCAGCGAAAACACUUCCCCUCUGUCAACUGGACGACUUCGUUCUCAAAGUAUCUGCGGUUCUUAGAACCCUUCUUUGAUUCUUAUGACUCCGAGUUUGUCGGUCUUAGACAGAAAAUGAGUGAUAUAUUACAGCAGGAAACUGAGCUUACAGAUAUCGUACAACUUGUUGGGAAGGAUUCUCUUUCUGAGGGUGAGGGAGAAGGGCUCCUUAGCCACCGUCUCUGA